AUUCACGACAAUGGCAGACGAAACCAUCCACCGCCUCAUCCCACAUGUCGUGGACGAGCAGGCGGCACAGGAUCCAGAGCGCAUCUGGGCUUCAUACGCCAUCAGCAAGGACAUCGCAAAAGACGGGUUCCGCGACGUCACCCUCCGCCAACUGUCACGAGCAGUCGACCGAGUGGCAUGGCACAUUGAAGCCAACAUCGGUAAGAGUAACAUAUUCGAAACGUUGCUCUACUUUGGCCUUCCCGACAUCAGAUACGCAAUCAACAUUUUCGCCGCCAUGAAAACGGGCCACCAGAUCUUGCUGUGUUCUCACUUCAACAGCUUGAUCUACAACUUGAGUCUCUGCGAGAAGAAAGAUUGUCACGACGUGAUGCGGAGCGAAGGCGUAGAUGCCAUGGUUGAUCCGCUGCUUCAAGCGAGACCGAUGAAGACGUUUCAAGUACCGACUCUCGACGCACUUCUUGCCGACGACGAAGCUGUGGAGCCGUAUCCUUACACAAGGACGUACGAGGAGGGCAUCGACGAUCCAGCUGCCAUCGGACACACCUCAGGCACCACGGGGCUCCCUAAACCCAUCACAUGGACGCAGAGGUCCUUUGUCGUCGUCGAUACCGUCUGGCGCUUCCUCCCAGACCUCGACGGCCGACCGUCCUAUCACAAGCUCCUCUCGAGGGCGGAGCGCUGCUACCAGACCAUGCCGAUCUUCCAUCCCUUUGGCUUCUUCUCCGCCGUCACCGACCCCCUCUACCGCAAAAAGGUCCUUGUCCUGGGACCGAAUACACUUGGUCCGAUUCCGCCGUCGACGCUUGAACAAAUGUUUGAGUAUGGCGACUUUGAUAGCUUGGCUGGGGUACCGAUCUACCUAGAAAUGGUUGCAAAGUCCCCCAAGUGCCUCGACGCUGUCGCGAAGAAACUGAAGUUCAUUUUUUACGCGGGCGGUGCCCUCAGCAAGCCUGCCGGCGACGCACUUUCAGCCCGCACAAAGAUUGACCAGCUCAUCGGGUCCACCGAAGCCGGCGCCGCUCUAGGCCACGAGACGGACCGCGAGGACUGGGACUGGCUCUGUCUCAAUGAUGAGGAGAGCGGGAUCGUUUGGGAACCCUGCGAAGUCAAGGGCUUCGGAUCCGAAGGAGAGGCGGAAGAGCAAGUCUAUGAGAUGACGUUUGUGAGGAACGCCAAGGCGGAGAAGCAGCAGCACGUCUUCUGGCACAGUAAUGUCGAGGACGUCUUUCGAAGCAAUGAUUUGUUUGUGAAGCACCCGACCAAACCGCACCAUUGGAAGUUUUACUCGAGGAGGGACGAUAUUGUCGUGACCAAGUUUGGGUGGAAUGUGAAUCCCAUGUUGUUGGAGAGGGAGAUUGCGCAGCAUCCGGGGGUGAGUCACGUUGUUGUUGGCGGGACGGGGAGGCGGCAUAUCUGUGCUGUGAUAGACCUCGUUGAUGAUGGUCAGGGGACUGAGGAAGAGGAGAUGUUGGAUGGUAUUUGGCCGAUGGUGCAGAAGGGUAAUGAUAUUUUGGAUGCGGCUGGUCAGUUGGCCAAGGAGAGGAUUUUGUUUAGUCGGAAGGAGAAGCCGUUUCCUAUUGCUGGGAAGGGGAAUGUCCAGAGGGCGGCGGUUCUCAAGCUGUAUCAGGACGAUAUUGAUGACAUGUAUGCCAGAGUUGGGGAUGGACCUGGAUUGUAGACGGGCAAAAGAUUGAUCUCGAGUACGUGGAAAAAACAUCGAGGAGAUGUAUGCAGCUUCACUUAGCUUCUCUCAACAUAUCAAAGGUUGAAUAUCG